AACCAGCCUAGCCUAUUUUCUUCAAGUCUUGAAGUUCAGUCCAAAGGCGAAACGGCGACUACAGCCGAAUACCUCCCUUUCAUUUGCCUCCCCAUGGAUAUGCAUUGCAAGGCAGAUCCCUUCUCGGCUAUGCACCCAGGGCAUGGGGGUGUCAACCAGCUCGGGGGGGUAUUUGUCAAUGGCAGACCUCUACCUGAUGUGGUGAGACAGAGGAUAGUAGAGCUGGCCCACCAGGGUGUCAGACCCUGUGACAUCUCCAGGCAGCUAAGGGUCAGCCACGGCUGUGUGAGCAAGAUACUGGGCAGGUACUACGAAACGGGCAGCAUCAAGCCGGGAGUAAUUGGGGGAUCCAAGCCCAAAGUAGCCACCCCAAAAGUAGUAGAUAAAAUCGCAGAGUACAAAAGACAAAACCCCACGAUGUUUGCGUGGGAGAUCAGGGACAGACUGCUGGCAGAAGGGAUCUGUGACAAUGACACCGUGCCCAGCGUGUCUUCUAUAAACAGAAUUAUCCGAACAAAAGUACAGCAGCCGUUUCACCCGACACCAGAUGGAUCUGUAACGCCAGUAAGCGCACCAGGGCACACUAUCGUUCCCAGUACAGCAUCUCCACCUGUGUCCAGCGCCUCCAAUGAUCCCGUAGGCUCUUAUUCCAUAAAUGGGAUCCUGGGUAUACCUCGUUCAAAUGGUGAAAAAAGGAAACGCGAUGAAGGUAAUUUGGAUGUUACAGCUCUAAGCGAAAGAUUGGGUUUUUUUCUGCACACAGGCAAUAUGGAUACAAGCCAUCGUGCACACAUGUUGCACAGGGACAGACAUGGAAUACUAAAAAGCAGCCAAGGGCCUCUUUCCCAUUACUGGAAUUCCAAUACAGAGCUGUGUAUGAGACAAGAUGGAUCUGAUGGUUCUGGGCCAAAUGGAGAUUCUCAAAGUAGUGUGGAGAGCUUACGGAAACAUUUACGUGCAGACAACUUUACCCAGCAACAAUUGGAAGCAUUGGAUCGAGUUUUUGAACGCCCGUCCUAUCCAGACGUGUUUCAAUCUUCAGAACACAUUAAAUCAGAACAGGCAAAUGAGUACUCCCUUCCAGCACUAACCCCUGGCUUGGAUGAAGUCAAGUCUAGUUUAUCAGCCUCUGGUAAUGCAGACCUUGGUACCAAUGUUUCAGGACCUCAAUCCUACCCAGUGGUAACAGAGAGUUUCUCCUCUCACCUCUAUGUAAAGCAAGAGCCUCAUGAAGCUUCCCUUACUCCCUUCACUCCCUCUUCACUGGCCAGCUCAGGGCUGGCUGAUCUUCAGCCUUUCCAGAUGGCCCUCACGGUUGAUGCAUCCACACCUACGUACAGCUCCUUCACCCAUCAUGGCCCUCCCUACGGGCAGUUCGGCAGCCAGCCACUUGUAGCAGGUCGAGACAUGACGAGUACAACCCUUCCUGGUUACCCUCCUCAUGUUCCUCCUACAGGACAAGGCAGUUACCCAACCUCAACCCUUGCUGGAAUGGUCCCUGGCACCAACGUUUCGGUCCACCAUUCGGUCCAGCCUGUGGAGUGCUGCUCAUGUCUGUCCAGCUCUAAGCCUUGUCUGUUUCACUGCAGGACUGGGAGUGGAAGUGAAUUUUCAGGAAAUCCCUACAGUCACCCGCAGUAUACAACAUACAAUGAAGCAUGGAGGUUCAGCAACCCAGCAUUACUAAGUUCCCCUUAUUAUUAUAGUGCCACAUCCAGGGGCUCCGCACCUCCCACUGCUGCCACUGCCUAUGACCGCCACUAGUUACUAUGGAAACCACAUGAAACUGCAGAGCGAGAACUUAGGCCUCCAUAUUGUACCUGUGUGAGCAUCAUCAUGUUGGGAAGAAGAGAUUCUUACAUUGUGCCUCCUGCCAUCACUCUGCUACAGCUACUGACCCUGUUCAGCUCCACUGUGCUGAACUCUUAUCCACCACAAAGUCUCCUAAUGACUUUUUUCAACAGAGUAGCUAAAACUUACGCCCAGCAAACAAGUCUGACCCUGGAGCCCUUUUGCUGCAAACAAGAGGCCCAUAUGUUCAUUUAUUCUGUGGAUCUUGGGACCUUAGGACAGCAAUGUCUUGGAAAUAUAUCACAGUGUUAUUGUUUUCAAAACAACAGUGCAAAUAAUGAAGACAUUUUUUAAGACUCCAAAAUAAAAAUAUAUUCCAAAAAUGGGGAGAUUUUUAAACAGCAAAAAUAGAAAAUAAGGAGAAGACAAACCAUUUCCCCUCCAAAUCCAUUCCACUGGGUAAAGUUUCUGGACAGAAGAGUUCUGACAGAACUUGACACAAUUAACAAUUGGAAGAUUGCAGGAGUUAGAAAACACAACUUUUGGGAGUAUCAGAACUAGUCAUCUAAACUUCCUCCUGCCCUGGACAGGAUGCCGGCCUUGUAUGCUCCAUCAGUUGUACUGGCAUUCCUAAUACCCCAAAUGGACACAGAUCCUGUGAAAAACAAUCAACUCAGAGAAGACAGGAGGACAUUUUGAAGUCAAAUGACUGAACAUAAAAAAGAAAUAUAAAAUAUAUGAAUAUAUAAAUAUAUAUAUAAAAUACACUGUUUUUAUGCUUUAUCAUGACGGUCUGUAAAAAGUUACAAUAGACAAUUUUCUAUAAAAACAAAAACAACAAAAAGAAAAACAGUGCUGAUAAUGGAAGAGAUUGUCAUAGGACUACGUGAAGAAGACAGUUCUUGAUAUAUUGUUCCUCCUUCUAGCUUUUUUUUGUUUUGUUUUGCACUAGUGUGUCAUAGUCUGAUACUGGGGGCUGUGUUAUGCCCCUGUAUAAAAAUCAUUGUGAAUAUUUCACACUCUAGGAAGAAAAAAACAAAAUACAGGCUUUUUUUGUAAAUUCAGUAGUUUUACGCAGAUUAAAAUGGCACUUAAGACACGGAUUUCAGGUUUACAGACAGUUCACAUUGACCAUGAUUUUGAAAACAUAUUAUUUAUUAUCCCAACCUCUAGCGGCUAGACACAAAAUUACCCCCACACCCUUCCCCUUAUCUAUACAGAACUUCCACUGUUUAACACAUCUCAUUUCAUGAGCCAGCAAUCAGGACUGGAUUUACAUUAUUGAGUCAGGCAGGUACCGUAGAGAGACUCUGUUGUUGGAUGACAGAUUACCAAUCUGCUGUAGGUAUGAAGUGCAGGCACUUAGAGGCCCAUUACUAUGAUGGGCAGCUUCAAUGACCAAUAGAAUUUUGCAGGAGGUAGGAAGGGAUGAGCAGACUUUGACACUAUCAGGAAAUGUCAGAAUGGUCUGAGAUGCAACUCUGUCAGGGAGGUUUGGGACGCUGCUGCAGAUAUGCGCAGGCACUUCUUGGUGUGCACACUUUAUACCUGCAGCAGUUUAUCCCACUGUCCACCCAGUAACAGGGUUUAUUUAAAGCAGAACUACACCCUCCUGUAUUUUACAGCCAAGGUAGCUGCCAUCUUAUCCUCUGUUUGGUCUGCAGUGACCAUGGUGCUGCACAUGUAAUCAGUUAUGACAGCAGGCAUUUGAUGGCUUGAAAGUGCAGUGCAGUAAAACGUUAUCACUCAAAGCAUGUCUUAAAUUGGUGGGUUUAGUUCUGCUUUAAGCACUACUUAAAUGGAUUCCCAAACCUUUUAUAUGUUAACUGCUCCUUUAACAUACUAUGAUACUUGAUAAAGUUGAGUUGAUUUAAGAUGGUUCUCACUAAAGAAAAAGUAAUCUUUUAGAGUCUAAACUGCAAAACUCAGGCUUAUUUGGUCAAAAAUAAAAUGUAGUCCUGGUAGCAAUGGUAUGGCUUAAUGUACAGCAACAAUUACUCUGAAAAUACAGAGUUGAUAUGUGCUGUUAUGGGUAGCAUCAUGGGUACAAGAGAGAUAAAUCAUACUCUAUUCUACCAAAUAGCCCAACUAUUAUUAUACACUUGGGAAAAUGCAAUAAGGUGUUAACAAAGAGCCAGCCUACCAUCCUUUGCGCAAGGUUUUGAGCUAUUACCAUAAUCAAAGCCGCCUGCUAAAGAAGUUUGCCCUGACAACCUCAUUAAAACGUAUUAUUAGUUACUAGAGUUAGCAAAUUUCUUUUUGUUAUAAGAAACCAUGAAUCUGUUCUGUGUGGAAUUCUGCAUGAUCCAAUCGAUGUAUGAGAUUAUCUGCUAUGUGUACAAGCCAGAGAUCAUGUAUAAAUCUAUGGGAACUCCUGAUAUUUGUAUAUGAGUGUAACUAAAAACAGGGUGACAUCUUCCAAGCAUUGAGAGUUAUGCAAUUUAAUGUGCACACAAUCCCCUGUAUCUGCCUUUAAUAUAUAUAAAGACAGAAAAAUAGGCAGAACAAUGCAAUUGUCAAUAAAACUGUGCUUGAUACUAA